GUAAGCGCGGGGCAAAAAAUGAGUUGAUAGAAACGACUGGAGUUACUCUUACAACUCCGUGGCGUCAGCUGUGAUUUGGUGCCAAGAACUUCCUAUCUUAGAGUGCUAAACCCAGUUCAAAGAGUGAUUUGUCAUUUAGGUUUUUUGUUUUACCGCACCUAGAUAUACUAGUCAUCAUGUCUGAUCCAGUCGUUUUCGUUUCUGCCGUUCGCACUCCAAUUGGCAGUCUGAAUGGAGUGUUGUCCACAGUAUCAGCCCAUGAUCUUGGAACUAUUGUUAUCAAGGAAGCCUUGCAGAGGUCAGGGGUCAGCACCAGUGAUGUGUCAGAGGUCAUCAUGGGUCAAGUGUACACAGCAGGUCAAGGUCAGAACCCAGCCAGACAAGCCAGUGUCAAUGCAGGGAUACCAGUUGAGGUACCAGCAACUAAUGUGAAUAUGCUGUGUGGUUCAGGUCUGAGGACUAUUGUACUAGGAGCACAGGCCAUCAUGUGUGGGGACUCUUCCGUUGUAGUUGCAGGGGGGCAAGAAAGCAUGAGUCAGGCACCCCAUGCUGCACACCUGCGUAGUGGAAUGGCAUUCGGUGACAAACCAUUGGUAGAUUUAUUAGUGAACGAUGGACUGAUGGAUGCCUUCAAUAAUUACCACAUGGGAAUUACAGCUGAAAACCUUGCCAAGAAGUGGGAAAUCACCAGAGAGCAGCAAGACCAGUUUGCUCUUCAAUCGCAACUCAAAGCGGAGAAGGCCCAGACGGAAGGCAUCUUUGCAACAGAGAUCAUCCCUGUCCCGAUCAAAAGCCGCAAGACCACCGUAGAGGUCAGUGUGGAUGAGCAUCCGAGGAAAGGGUCAACCAUCGAGGGAAUGGCUAAACUCAGAUCAUGUUUCAUCAAGGAUGCUACGGGAACCGUUACGCCAGGAAACGCAUCUGGAAUCAAUGAUGGAGCAGCAGCAGUGGUCCUCAUGAAGCUCUCGGAGGCCCAGAAAAGGGGCGUGGCGCCCUUAGCGAGGAUAGUCUCAUGGGGCCAGGCUGGGGUGGAUCCCGCUAUCAUGGGGUCGGGUCCCAUCCCUGCUAUCAAGAAAGCGCUUGGGAGUGCAGGUUGGUCUAUUGGUGAUGUUGAUCUAUUUGAAUUGAAUGAAGCCUUUGCUGCACAGUCUCUCACCGUUACAAAGGAGCUUGGGAUAGACACUUCUAAGGUCAAUAUCUACGGCGGUGCCAUAGCCCUGGGUCACCCGUUGGCAGUGUCGGGUACCCGUAUCAUGGUCACCCUCCUCAACGGCAUGAAAAGGACCGGCGCCAAGAAGGGUCUCGCUGCUCUCUGCAUAGGGGGAGGAAUGGGCAUUGCAAUGUGCGUGGAAACCUUGUAGUCUAACAAAAUACCAUUCCAAACCAGGAUCCCUGUCUUACAAAGACUUACAAUUGAUCCAAUCAAUCGUAAUUCUAUGGAAAUCCAUCAGUGUCAAAAAUUUUUCUACAGGAAAUUUGUACAAUGUCCUUCGUAAGUACAAAGAAGCACAGUGAAUUUUCAAGAAAACUAUGAAUGCAUGAAUAUACAUUAUAGUUAAAAAUAUUUUGAACAAACAUGCAUAAAUAGAUGUUGACAUUGCUGGCUGUCCAUAGUUGUGACUGAUCGGAUCAAUCGCAAUUCUUUGUAAGACGGGCCCCAGGACCCCUGUCUUACAAAGACUUACAAUUGAUCCAAUCCAUCGUAAGUCUAUAGAAAUCCAUCAACGUCAUAAUUUUUUCUUCAGAAAAUUUGCACAAUGUCCAUUGAAAACAAAGAGAAGCAUACCGAUUUGGCAAGAAAACAGUGAAUAUACCUCAUUUCUAGAAAAUAUUUUUUGGAGAAACAUGUAUGUUGAUGUUCCUGGCUUUCCAUAGUUGCGAUUGAUCGAAUCAAUUGCAACUCUUUGUAUUUAAAGACGGGACCCUGGGCCCUGUCUUACAAAGAGUUGCGAUUGAUCCAAUCAACCACAAUUAUGGAAAGCCAGCAACAUCAACAUCUGAAAUGCAUGUUUGUUCAAAAAAAAUUAUAGAUAUGCUGUAUAUUUAUACGUUCAUCAUUUUCAUGAAAAUUUUGUGUACUUCUCUUUGUUUACAAAGGACAUUGUGCAAAUUUCUGGGAGGAAAAAGUAUGAUAUUGAUGGAUUUCCAUAGAGUUAUUACUGAUCGGAUCAAUCAUAACUCUUUGUAAGACGGGGCCCAGAACUUUUAACUUGUACUUCUAUUGUGCUUCUUGGAUCAAUUUUAGUGUGAAACACUUCUGUUAUACAGGGAAACACAGACAAUUUUCAGGCACAACAAAGACAAAACCUCAUUUAAAAUAAUGAGACAUAUGAAACACUGAAAAAACAAAUUUAAAUUAUCUUAUAUCUAACAGGGGAUGAAACUACAUCAUUUAUGGGGAAUGAUUGUCAAUUGCCCUUUCCUAAAAAUGAUAGAUGGUAAUUCUUGUUGAAGAAUUUGAAUGAUAUGUCUUUACAUUUUCUUUGAAUGAUUAAGAGGGCUAUGUUGGAAUUUCUUGUAUGAUUUUCAAAUUUAUUUUGAGGAUUUUUAAAAUCAGAUCCACCCUUUUAAUAUAUAAUGUAAUAUACUGAUAAAAAAACAGCUCACCAAACAUAAAAUGUGUUCAUAAAGAUAACUGUGUGUGAUUAUCCAUUAGAAGUUUACAUUUAUUCUGUUUUCAUAUUUUGUAUUUGAUUAUUUUUUUUUACACAAAGUUUAAAAUUUUGGGGCCAAUCUAUAACUUCUUAUACAUGUAAGUCAUAUCAUGGUGUUUAAUUUUGUGGAUCCACAAUAUGGUGCGCCAUCUAUCGGUUGCAGCGGACAAGCCAUUUUCUAAAUUCGGGGUCAACAUUGCGCGGCAGGAGGGGCAACACACAGUGCUAGUGUACUGUAAUGUGACUGUGAUGCUUCAUAAAUUAAAACCAUAUGACAAAAGCGGAGGAAGAAUUCACCGAAAACGGUCUGAAUUUCAUGAAGACAUAUGCGGCAAAUUUAUCUACCACCUCCUGGACCUUGAUAAACAGAUCAACAUGUAAGCUGGCCGAGCCACGUCGGCCAGCACAGCAUAAUUGCUUGCAUGCACUAUAGCACGCACAGCAGAUAUUUCAACCUUUUCCCACGAGACGUUGCGAGAAAAAAAAAGGUGUCGUAAAAGAAAUGUAAAAUAAAAUGCAGUAAACAGAAAAUCUCUUAUGUCAUUUUGGGAUGAUUUCCAAAGCAUGCAUGAGGCAUAUUUAUUUACAGGGUGUCAUAAUUUUUUUUUCCUUAAGAAUGAUUAAUGGCUAACCAUAUAUCUAUUGUUCCAGGGUCUUCUUUUUGCCAAACUACAUUUGCUUUUAAGUUCCCUUAUGUGUUUAACAAAAAUGACCACAAUAAUUCAACAAAUAAUUGAUGCUGUGCUUAAGUAUAAAAUAAUCAUGCUUUAUCAUAUCUUCAUUAAUUGGGUAUUAAGAGGGAAAAAAUCAAGAGAAUACAUUAGUUGUUUCAUUCAGGUCCAAAAUGCUAUUGUGGUUAUGACUCCAGUUUGUAUAAAUGAAGUAUACAACUGCAUGAACCAUGUGCAUUUAUAAAGGCAGGAAAGAAAAUUCCUAAUGCAAUGAGCAUAUCCUACAAAUUACACAAAUAUAUAAAUGCAACUGAUGUUUAUAUACUAUUUAGACAAUGUACAAUAUUGAUAAAAUUUUGAAUCAUUUAUAUGUGAACAAUGUAUUUUCCUUAAGCAAGUUAAGCCCCAUUUUGCAAGGUAUUCAAAGCUCUCUAUAAAAAAAUAUCAGUUUAUUUCUCUUUCUUGUGGGUCUGUAUGUUGCCUUCAUUUCAAGACAGAUUCGGGGCUUUGAUGUGACAUUGCAUUUUAUGCAUAUCGAUGUCACUCAUUUAAUAUUUCAUGUACUGUAAUAAUUACCGGUACUUUGAAUGAAAUUGUAACUUGUAAUUCUUUAAAGAAUUGUCGUUGUAUGGUAUCAUGUGAUUUAUGUGGGUAAUUGCUAUAUGAAUAAAAUUCAUGAUCUCA